GCGGGGCGAUGGCUCAGGACCGUGAGGGGCCUCCGGCCAAGCGCUUCAAGGCGGCGCAGCCCCAGGGCCACACACCACCCGCCCACGUGCAGCGCCGCUCGCUGCCCAUCGCCGCCGCCCGGGGCCCGCUGCUGGCCCGGCUCCGCCGCCUCGACAGCGCCGUCCUCAUCGGAGAAACGGGCUCAGGGAAGACCACUCAGCUCCCUCAGUACCUGUACGAAGUGGGAAUUGGCCACCCCGGCCUCAUUGCUGUGACCCAGCCCCGCAGAGUGGCAGCUGUCACCCUGGCUGCCAGAGUGGCAGAGGAGAAGAGGACAGAGCUGGGGAAGCUGGUUGGCUACACCGUGCGCUUCGACGACUGCACUUCUACCGAGACCAGGAUCCGGUUCCUGACGGAUGGGAUGCUGCUCCGGGAGGCCAUCGGGGACCCUCUGCUGCAGAAGUACAGCGUGGUCAUCCUGGAUGAGGCCCAUGAAAGGACAAUCCACACGGAUGUGCUCUUUGGAGUGGUGAAAGCUGCCCAAAGGAAACGGAAGGAACGGGGCCUGAAGCCGCUCAAAGUGAUCAUCAUGUCAGCUACGAUGGAUGUUGACCUGUUCUCCCAGUACUUCAAUGGAGCUCCUGUCAUUUAUUUGGAAGGCAGACAGCAUCCCAUUGAGAUCUUUUACACCAAGGAGCGUCAGAGUGACUACAUCCAGGCAGCACUGGUGUCCAUCUUCCAGAUCCACCAGGAAGCACCUGCGUGUCAGGACAUCCUGGUUUUCCUGACUGGUCAGGAAGAAAUCGAAGCAAUGACCAAAACCUGCCGAGACAUUUCCAAGCAUCUCCCCGAGGGCUGCCCACGGAUGACAGUGUUGCCUCUUUAUGCUUCUCUGCCCCACCCUCAACAACUGCGUGCCUUUAAACCCACCCCUGAGGGCUGUCGCAAAGUGAUCCUCUCCACCAACAUUGCAGAAACCUCCAUCACCAUUUCGGGGAUAAAAUACGUGGUGGACACAGGAAUGGUCAAAGCUAAGAAGUACAGCCCUGACACUGGUCUGGAGGUGCUGGCAGUGCAGCAGGUGUCCAAGGCCCAGGCCUGGCAGCGCACAGGCAGAGCGGGGCGGCAGCAAAGCGGGAUCUGCUACAGGCUCUACACAGAGGAGGACUUUGAGAAGUUUGAUGAAAUGACAACACCUGAGAUACAGAGGUGUAACUUGGCCAGUGUGGUGCUUCAUCUCCUGGCCCUGAAAAUUCCCAACAUUCUCACCUUUGAUUUCAUGUCCAAACCAUCCCCUGAUGCCAUUCAGGCAGCGAUUGAUCAGCUGGACCUGCUGGGUGCUGUGACACAAAAGGAAGGGCAGCUUGUCCUGACCCCCCUGGGAAAGAAAAUGGCAGCCUUUCCUCUGGAUCCAAAGUUCUCUAAGGCCAUCCUCCUGUCCCCCAAGUUCCACUGUGCCGAGGAGAUCCUGACCAUCGUGUCGCUGCUCUCGGUGGACAGUGUCCUCCACAACCCCCCUGCCCAGAGGGAUGAAGUGCAAGCUGUCAGGAAGAAAUUCAUCUCCAGUGAGGGGGAUCAUCUCACCCUGCUCAACGUGUACAGGGCCUUCAAGAAUGUCAAUGGGCACAAGGGAUGGUGCAAAGAGAACUUUAUCAACGGCAGGAACAUGAGGCUGAUGGCAGAAGUCAGAGCUCAGCUCAGGGACAUUUGUGUAAAGGUAACUUGCUGCCAUGCUGUGUUUCUGUUUCACCUGUUUAUAUUUUCCUGUUUGUCCCCACACUGAUGUCCCUGUGCACCAAGUCCUGGGAGUAAGAAAAUGUGGGUUUGUUUUCAGUCUUCCAGGAAUAGUCAGGUAAAACUUCUGACUGUGGAGUCGCAUCCCAAAAUCUGAAAGCUGCAGGGCCUAAUGGGUCGAGGAGAGGUGAAGAAAGAUGGGGAGCUCUGGGAAGGCUUCUUAGAGAAAAUGCAGGGUUGAUCCUUGUGGGUCCCUUCCAGCUUGACAUAUUCUGUGGUUCUGUAUAUCUUGGCCAGACCACAGAG